AGUGUUUUCGUGGAGAGUGGCCGCGCGCUGAUUGGUGGGAAGCUGCUUUGGUCAGAUUCAGGGGGCGGAGCUAAAGUAGGUAAAAAGCAGCCGUGCCUCAGCGGGACAGAAACCAGCUUCGAACCUGCAGCAGGUGUGAGGAUGGGUGGCCAGGUGUCGGUUCCUGAGGGCGUCCAUGUGGUGGUGGUGGGGGGGGGCUUUGGAGGCAUCGCCGCGGCGCAGCAGCUGAAGUCGGCCGGCGUCAGCUUCACGCUGGUGGACAUGAGAGAUGCCUUCCAUCACAACGUGGCGGCGCUCCGGGCGUCCGUGGAACCUGGCUUCGCUCAGAGGACCUUCAUCCCGUACGCUGAGACCUUUGGAAGCAGUUUUGUUCAGGGCCGGGUGGAGCGAGUGGACCCAGAAACGCAGAUGGUGGUCCUGCAGGGAGGCAGGGAGAUCCAGUACUCCCACCUCAUCCUGUGCACUGGGUCAGAUGGGCCGUUCCCUGGGAAGUUCAACACCGAGGCGUCUCUGCAGAACGCCGUCCAGACCUACGAGGACUUUGUCCAACAGAUCCAGGUGGCAGAUUCUGUGUUGGUGGUCGGAGGCGGAGGGACGGGGGUGGAGAUGGCCGCCGAGAUCAAGACGGAGUAUCCAGACAAGAAGGUGGUUCUGAUCCACUCCAGGAUCGGUCUGGCCGACCCACAGCUGGUCCACAGCGUCCGGCAGCAGGUCAAGGAGGUUCUGCUGGAGAAGGGCGUGGAGCUGGUUCUGGGUCAGAAGGUGUCCAACCUGUCGGAGCUGCCGCUCAACGUGACCCAGAAGGACUUGGAGGUGAAAACCGACAAAGGAGAGACUCUGAGAACGGACCUGAUCAUCAGCUGCACCGGCAUCAGGAUCAACUCCGCCGCCUACGCCUCCAGCCUGGCUGCCAGCAUGGCUGAGGACGGAGCUCUGAAGGUCAACGACCACCUGCAGGUCCAAGGCUUCUCCAACGUCUACGCUGUGGGCGACUGCGCCGACCUGCAGGAGCCAAAGCUGGCGUACCACGCCGGGCUCCACGCCUCCGUCGCCGUUGGCAACAUCCUGAACAGCCUGAGCGGGAAGCCGCUGAGCACGUACAGCACAGGAAGCGUCACCAUGCUGCUGGCGAUGGGGCGGGACGACGGCGUGGGCCAGUUCAACGGCUUCAGGCUGCCGCGCUGGAUGGUCGCUCUGGGGAAGAGUCGGGACCUGCUGCUGUGGAAGAGCUGGAGGGAGAUGCAGCAGAAGCAGCCAUGAUGAGGAAGAGGAGGAGGAAGGUUCCUAUCCAACCGUCGCUCUGUCUGACCUCUGACCUUUAAGGUGGAACCAAUCCGAAAGAGCCUGAAGGCAAAGCUCUGUUGUACCGUCUGACCCAGAGGGUUCUAGCUGAGGAGGUUCUGUCGGUUCCUUCUAGAACCGACAGAACCUCUAAAGCGUCAGACGGCGCCCCCUGGCUGCUGCACCGCAGACACUACUUAACCUGAAAGUUCUGGUUCUGAUCCAGCUUUUUCUGCUCUGUUUGCACAUGUAGCCCUGAUGCCUAAACAGAACCGGCCUUUUUCUAUUUUAGAAUCACUGUAAGAUUUUUAAUGAAUAAACAAAAACGAGU